AUGAUCAUAAUAAACAUUCUUCAUAUAAUCAUCACGUGCGCAUUACUUUUACCGCGACUUACAUUCUCUUUAAGAACUUUAACUUAUGCAGAGUCUAAUCUUUUUCCCGUAGAGUUUGACACCACAAUUGAUGGUACCGCAAUAAUUCGUCUACAACAGCGCCUUCCAAACAGCCAAUGUGCUGAAUCAAGAGUUAUAAUGAGAUAUAUUCUACCUAAUGGAGUAUUAGUGUCAAACGAUGUAGAUUUUCAAUUUGAUCCUAUUAAUUUUUGUCCAGUGGAUAGAAUUGAGAUUCAUCCAUUAAUAGGAAAGUUUAGUUUGCUAUCGUAUUUAAAUUCUACGAACCCAGGAAGUACUGGAAAUGUAUUAGUACAAUAUGCGGCCAUGAUAAUUAACCAAGAUGGGAAAGUGGUUCAAAAUAAUUUUCCUCCAUUAAACGCUCCAUUCAUGUCGAAUAUGUCUGCAAAGGCAAAAAUUGUUUCAAAUAGUAAUGGUGAUGUUUUAUGGACAUUUAAAGCUGAUAAUAACGAUUCGAUUACUUAUGUUAAGUUUAGUACGCAAAGACUAAAUAGUGCAAUAAUUGAUCCUAUUACACCACCAACAUUCAUGAUAGCUGUGAAUGGGAUAUUUCAAACAUCAACCGAUCUCGAACUUCAAAAUUAUACCACCUUUUCUACAUUUUAUGGUCAUUUUGCGAUCGUUUUCACUGCUAGAUAUGGUACUUCUACUGUAACAACAUCCCAAUUGUCCGCUUUUUGUACUUUUCUAAUUGCAGAGACAAACAAUCUCAUAGAUCAUCCAUUAAUAAUAUACAAUCCUAAUACCACAUUAACAUCAUUAGAAAUUAUGAAAUGUGGUGAAUCGUCAUUUGAAGGGACAGCAUUUAAAUGUUUACUGACAGCCACUCAAAGUAUUGGUAAUUCAAUCUCCAGGACACAAGUUUCAUUUUUAUUAACAGGUUUUAUCACAAAAACAAAUUCAAUUCCUAUUGGUAAUACUUUAACAAAUUCUAUAAAAACAAUAUUUUUUAAUCCUUUAUAUUUUGGUGGAUAUUUACAAAGAAUUUAUUUAAAUAGUAGUGAAAUUAUUGGAAAUAUUUUUGAUAUUAAUGAUAAUUUAAAAGGAAAUUGGGAUUUAUCUUUUACUAAUGUAAAUUUUAGUAAUAUUGUAAUUAAUGGUGGAACAAAUGGAGAUGAUGGUGGUGUAGGUGUAUUUAGAAACAAUACUGUUAUUUUAGUCCUGGGUGAUGGUGGAAACGGUGUAUCAUGGAGUGUGGUAACGACCGAUGUUAUUAAAAUUUAUAAUCCAAGUCAACCUCUAAUAAAUCCAAACAUAGCAUCAACUUCUUUAUCUAUAAACGCUACAGCUCCGCAAGAUACAACUCCCUUAUCCAUUACAUUUUCUAAACCUAUUUCAUUAUCUACCGGAAAUAUUUCAAUAUUUCAAUUUAUUUCUUCAUCAAAUAAUUUAAAUAGUGGUUCGUUGCUACGACAAACAUUUUCUGGCAACUCAACAUUCUGUACAUUAGAUUCUUCUAAAACCGUAGUUACUAUCACAAUAUUACAGAGUACAUUUAAUCAACCAAAAUCAGUGUAUUUUAUUAAAAUUGAUGAUGGAUUCGUAAGAAAUAUGGCGACUGAUAUGGCGCUCGUUGGCGUUGUCGACGGUUUUUGGACUAUUUUAACUAAUUCAGCAACAGCUUACAUAAAACUUUCAAACGACCUCUUCAAUAUCUUGGCUACAAAUUUUUCCCAGUUAAUUCCUCAAUUUCUAUCACAAAUUGCACAGGUUACCCCUGUUUCGCUAACUCGAUUAUCAAUUCCAUCCAAUUUUAAAUUUGCUUCGAUUAAUUCAACUCAAAAUGAUUUAAAAAUACUUAUUAUAAUCGGAACUGAAAUAAAUGGUGAAGUGAGAAGUGCAAAGGUAAUAAGUGAUUUAGAUACUUUAAUUAGAAAUCGUGAUAUUUCUCCUGUAGGAAUGAUGAAUUUGACAGCUGGAAUUGAUAAAAAUUUUGGUGUUCAAUGGAAUUGUGAGUAUUUUUAA